CGGCGUCCCAUUCUGCUGGAGGUGGCGGCAUGGUUACUCAAGCAAGGAUUAUUUGUGCAAUUGUAUCAUCUUAGCACACCAACUUGUCGCGACAAUGCCGGCCAUCUCAUCACGUCCCGAGAUGGCAGAUAUUGUCAAUAUCAAUAAUAGCAAUCCUGACUGCGACUUAGAGGUUCAUGAAGCUGACGAAAUUGAGCAAAGCACUGCCGAGAUCGCGGCCAAUGCGCCUAGAUAUCGUCGCAGGAGUUCAACUUUCAUAGACGCCAUCCACGAUGUGUCCGAAACUCAGGAAAACCUGGCCCCGGCGCAGCUCUACAGCACCAUGUCCGGAAGGCUGUUUCAUUCCGGACGUAUUGCCAUCGUAAUGGUUGGACUACCGGCUCGUGGAAAGACGCUUGGCGUCAAAUCACGUAUCUUUCACCUAGGGGACUACCGUCGUGCCACUGUCGGGCCUGGAGGUUCCGUCCCGGAAGACUACUUCUUUCCGAAUGCUAGCCCCAAGUCGGUCAUUCUUCGCCAGAAAAUUUUGAAAAAAUGUCGUGAGGACAUUUAUGCUUGGUUGAACCAUGAGAACGGCCAAGUUGCCAUCUACGACGCCGUCAACCCGACCUCAAGCGGCCGAAGAUCGUUGGCAAAGGAGUUUGCUAAACACGAUGUGCAAACAUUGUUCCUGGAGUCAUAUGUGGAUGACGAGACAAUCCUAACGGAGAAUGCGCGCAACGUCAAGAUAUCUUCGCCUGAUUUCGCUGGAAUGGAUCCCGAUGAAGCGGCCAGGUCGUAUCUGAGACGCAUUGAGAUGAAAAUACCCGUCUUCGAGCCCAUGCAGGAGGAGGAACUCAACUACAUCCGCAUGAUCAACGCAGGCCGGAAAUUCUUUUACAACAACGUCUCUUUCAACUACCUGUCUCAUCGUAUAGUCUACUACUUGACGAACCUGCACAUCAAAUCACGAACGACCUUCUUUGUCCGUGCAGGUAUGGGCCUUGGUGAAGAGGAUUCGUCCAAAAAUGAUUCUCCGCUAUCGGAAGAGGGCCGUUCGUAUGCUCAAAAGAUGACGGAUGCUCUUGUCAAACAUCGCGAGCAGGAACAUGCGGAGAAGCUCGCUGAACAAGGAGACAGCUCUGGGGAUAAGCCCCUAAAGCCCUUGACGAUUUGGACAUCGACCAGGCUACGAACCAUACAGACGGCCCAAUUCCUAGAAGAGAAAGGAUACAAGGUUCGCCAGCGUUCACAGAUGAGGCAGAUCAACCCUGGAGUCUGCGAAAAGAUGUCGCCACGCGCAUUGAAGAUGAUGUAUCCAGACGAGGUCGCCAAGCAUGAGCAGGAUCCGUACCACCACAGAUAUCCGCGGGCAGAGUCUUACCACGAUCUGGCGGUUCGCCUGGAGCCCAUCAUUCUGGAGCUGGAGCGCGAGCAGAACGAUCUCCUGAUCAUUGCGCACGAGUCGGUCCUGAGGGUCCUGUACGCAUACCUUAUGCACUGCAGCGCAAUGGACAUCCCGACGCUUAAGUUUCCGAGGGACGAAAUCAUUGAGAUCAUACCAGCCGCGUACCAGAAUGAGGCGAAGCGUAUCCAUAUCCCCGGUCUGGAUCCUAGGAUAGUUCCAGGAACGCCGGAUCUGGUUAGGAUGACCGACAGCGGCGCAGGUACUCCUUCUGCUGGCCUUCCCGUGUCUCCGUUACCGGAGCCAGCAAUGUCGGAUGAGCAGGCGACCCACGAGACUCAACCGUUUAUCGUGCUAGGAUCGGCGCCCACUUCACCUCCGGUGCCCACGACAAGUUCGCGAGUUGCGUCACCUGGGCAGCGGCCCACGGAGAGGGUGAUCAGCCCGGCUGCGGAUGAGGUCAAGGACAGAGUUGGGGACGAGGAUUAGUCAGACAGAUGGAUUUGGGUUUGAGUGGUAUGUUAUUACGAAGAAUUCCGUGGCUUGUGUGGAUGUUUUUGGUAGUAAUAUUUGGUAGGUGAAUUAUAGGCCCCAUUGAUGAUAGAUAUUGUCGCCGACAAUACCAAGGUA